AUGUUGGCAUAUGGUGUUCCAGCAGAUGCCACAGAUGAGUAUAUUAGAAUUGGAGAGUCCACUGCAAUUGAAAGCAUGAAAAGGUUCUGUCGAGCUAUGGUUGAGAUAUUUAGCGAGCAGUAUCUCAGAAGGCCAACAUCAAAUGAUAUUUCUAGACUUCUUUAUGUUGGCCAGAAACGGGGAUUUCCUGGAAUGUUAGGCAGUUUAGAUUGUAUGCAUUGGAAGUGGAAAAAUUGUCCAACCGCGUGGGCUGGACAAUAUACAGGCCGUAGUGGAAAACCUACAAUCAUUCUCGAAGCUGUAGCAGAUUAUGAUCUUUGGAUAUGGCACGCAUAUUUUGGUUUGUCAGGCACCAACAACGAUAUAAAUGUGUUAGAGUCAUCUCAUCUGUUCUCGGAUCUAACUCAAGCUGAUGGCAUAUAUCCAAAAUGGUCUACUAUUGUGCAAACAAUUCAUGAGCCUCGUGGUCCGAAGAAAAAAUAUUUUGCAAUGAAACAAGAAGCAUGUAGAAAAGACGUUGAACGUGCAUUUGGAGUUCUUCAAUCACGUUUUGCCAUUGUAGUAGGACCGGUACGAUAUUGGAGAAAAGAAGUGAUGCAUGAUAUAAUGACUACGUGCAUAAUUUUGCAUAAUAUGAUUGUUGAGGAUGAACGUGACCUUACUGCACCUAUUCAAAUUGAAACGGAAACGCUUUCACCGGAGGUCGAAAUGGUGAUAGAUGAAAAUACUCGAUUUCAAGAUUUCAUUUCUCGAUAUGGAAAAAUUAGAAACAGAGAAGCUCACAUAGAACUUCGUAAUGCAUUAAUUGAUCAUCUGUGGGAGGAGUACACCAAUUCCGAGAAUUGA